AUGCCAGGAUACUUUCGCGUGAAUUACGAUUAUCACAGUUGGCUUUCAAUUAAAAACUUCUUAAACACUGAUGGUUAUAAUAAAAUAGAUGUCCGUAAUCGCGCGCAAUUGAUUGAUGAUGCGUAUUAUUUUAUGACACAAGGUUACGUGUCAUCGACCAUAUUUUGGGGUCUUGCAAACUAUUUAAAGAACGAUGUAAAUUAUAUAGCCUGGUAUCCGAUGUUCAAUAUUUUAUCGUUCAUGUGGCCUGUUUGGGAUCAUCCGGAAGCGGAACUUAUGAAGGAUCGUGUACGUCUAAUGUUGGACCGCUUGCUUGAACAUUUGGAAUACGAAGAAAGAGAUGGUGAGGACAAUAUGCAGAAGACAUUGAGAUUAUUAGCAACAAGAUGGGCUUGCAAGUUAGGGGAUAUGAAGUGUCAAAGAGUUGCUGCGAGAAAAUUGUCUAGAUAUCUCUCCGAUCGUAAUAAUGAAAACAUCUUUCAACCAUGGUGGAAGGAUUGGGUAUAUAGUGCCGGCAUGAUUUUGGCCAACGAAAAUAUAGCGCAGAUACUGCUUGAAAAAUACAAAAUUACCAAGGAUAUAGAUAUGUUGAAGUACUUGUUUUGCUCGGAUGAUGUACAGAUUAUCAUAAAGUAUAGGAAUGAAAUAUCGUCUUCGACGAUGAAAAAUGUGCUGUUGCAUAACGACGAAAUUGGACUUCAUCUUCUUAUCAUAAAAAAGCACAUAAGGAACCCUGAUCUUCUGGAAUACUACAUAAGAAAUUAUUUUAAAAUAAACUUGAGGCAAGACAGUUUUUUAAACACAAAUUUGUUGGGCAAUAUGAUAAUGAAUGUAUAUUUAGAUGACCAUUUUGAUAUAAUUACAAACUUUACACAAGAUAAUGCCCAGUUAUUAAAAGUAAAAAUAGAUGACAUAUUUGUAAUAGAACGAGCUCAAAAGAAAAGAAUUAAGAAAAUGCAAAAUAUGAUUUACGUUUAUAGUGGAAUAAAAAAAGGAAAAAAUAUAAUUUCUGAAUGAGCGAGUUUACAACAUGUGAUAAAAUUUAAAUAAUCAAAGUGGCCGAACUGAAGCCUGUUGUAAAUUGGGAAGUAA